GCAUACAUAAUACUAUUAUUCCACCACUUGAUCUCAAAGUAAAGCAAAAAGCCGAUAAGACCCAUCAACAAAAUACAAACGCAAAAGGAUCCGCAAAUCUAGUUAUUACAUCUAUAAGUAAUAGUCGUGUCAAUAUCAGAAAACAUUAUGAAAAGAUUGUAUUUUCUCAGAACAAGAUAACAAGCAAAUACAAGAAAUAUCCAAGAAAAUAGAUGAAAGUAUUCUUAUAAUAGGAAAUGAGCAGAACAAAGAUUGGCUGGAUUAAGAUUUUCUUUCUUCCAUAAUGCGCAGUUUGCUAACUUUAAUUGUAGAUAUUCUAAAAUUAUACAAUGGUUUAACAAAAGAUUUUGAUUAAGUUUCUGUAUGAUUGUUUUAGAAAUUCGUUAGGAAUCUGGUUUUAAUUAAUCAUCAAAACAUUUCCAUCGUAUUCCUCGGAUUAAAAUUUUAUGAAUAAAAUGAUGAAUCCGGAUAAAAAACGCCCUAAUCCACUUUAUUGGAACAAUAUUAAUUCAAAAAGUUUUUAAUAUAAAAUCUUCGAAACUUUUACAGAACUCAGCCAACAGAUAAAAAAAAAGUUAAAAUCAGAAAUGUCAAGAUGACGUCCCGAUUAGCGAGUGCUGGAAAAAAACAAGGCGAAAUUUUUUAAUAGGCCAUAAAACACAACAUUGGAAAACUUGCUUCGAAAACACAAUGGAAUGGUUCUGUAGUCGUACUUGGAAUAAGGCGAUCCCGCCCCAGUUCCACAAAACACUGAACGCAUUGAUAGAAACGUUAAUCAAACCCGAAACUUUGAAACGAGACUUCUUCUUCGCUUUACUCCUCAUUGUUGUCAAAGAAAAUGAUUUUGUGCAGACAGGGAAUACAGAAAUAGAUGUACUUGAUUACAUAUUGGAGAAACGAAAGGAUGGGCGUGAAGUUUAUGAAGUUACUGUCAUAUUAAGACCUUAUUUAGAUACACCGGCAAAUAUCAUUGUAUGUCCUUUGAAUGAUACUCUACUUAUCAAUGCAUAUAUUGAUGCUAAUAAAGAAACGUAUUCGCUAUGUCUGCCUAUUAAUGAGCUCUUCUUAACAUCAGCUUUGGGUAUCCCAUCAGAUUUCUCUAAUAUGUCGGAUCUCAUAACAACUUUGAGAGAGAAAAUUGUUCUACCCGUAAAGAGUAGUAUCCUGAAUUACCAUUGUCAGCCUUGUGGCAGUCUGAACGGUCUACCUAACGAUGUAUUGUUUCAUAUUCUAAUCCGACUUUCGCUCACUGAUAUUCUGAGCAUAGCAGAAUCUUGUAAGAAACUAAACGAGGUUGUAAAAGAUGAAAACUUGUGGUCCCGUCUAUUUAGAAGAGAUUUUCCUAGAAUGCGGAACAAUAAGGAAGUUGAUUGGCGCUGCAUUUAUAAAAAGGCUUAUAAGAAAAAUAAAAAGAAUGCUCAAAAGGCACAUAGAGGUAACGUUAUUGAAGAAAUUGCUGAGUGGCCUGAUUUCCUGCCUGUGCGAGAUUCCAGGUGGGAGGUUAUUCUCUGACGUUUUGGAAUAAACUUUUAUGAAAUCUUUUGCCUUGUACCUUUUGUCAUUUUGUUCGUAGUCUGUUUUUUACCAAGAUAGGGGGAUUUUAAUGUUCAGUUGGCUGUAACUUAUGACUACUUUGGU